AUGGAGUCUACAGCCAAAAGCCAUUUUAACCCAUGCAAAGAGGAAAGUUCAUCGACGAGUGCCAAGAAGAGAAAGAUAUUAGAUAGAAAAGAUUCACAUGAUUCAUCUGGCAUCGAAGAAAAUGAGGGGUUAAACGUUGAAAGGAGAAGAGUCAAUAUGAGACUUCGGAGUUUUCGAUUCUACAGUGUCGAGGAAGAAAUUGAGGAGCGGCGACUGGGCAUCUCAACAAAGCUGAAGCUCUUCGAGGAUCCAUGGCGGAUCAAGAAAGUCCUUCAAGAAAGCGAUGUGAACAAUCUUUGUAGGCUAAUGCUAUCAAAAAGAUUAGUCGAGAACCAUAUCUUACCUUUGUGGGAGGUAGAAGGAGCGGCAAUGGUCGAAAUUGAGGAGGGUGGACGUAGGGUUACUAUUUGGGAUAUGGAUACUGACUCUACUCAUGAAUUAGUGUUUAAGAGAUGGAGAUUGAACAGGAGCUACGUGUUCACUGAUAAUUGGAUGGUGAAGUUUGUGAGGAGGAGGGGCUUGAGAAGGGGCGAUGAGAUUGGGUUGUUUUGGGACAUUGCAAGAUUAAGAUUUUGCUUUCGGGUUCUUGCUCGAGCUAUGUAUUAG